GGCUGCUUUGGGGCUGAAUCGGUGUUUCUUGGCGGUGGAAGACAAGGUGGAUAUAGAAAGCGCUGAAUUUCUGACAAUCCGACACAGAGUCCCUCAAAGAGAGGCACCUUCAGCAUGGCCCAUAAACCCCAAGCUGGUGGAACUGAGAAAAAGGGGUCUCUCUCUUCCAUCCUCUUCUGUAAGAGUGAUCUGAAGGAAGGAUCCCUGCAGUGGGUGAAAGAACCCCUCGAUGGCCAGGUGCUGAUGGUGCUCAGCACGGACAACAACUGCUCAGCCACCUCCUUCGACAUGGAGCUUUGUGCAGAGAAACUGAAGUCCCUUGGGGUUCAGGUGGCAGCGGAUGAGUGGAGAAGGUUGAUCCAGGAUGCUGUCCUGACUCCCGAAGUGAGACGGUACAUGUUCUACAACUCCAGGGUGUUCCAGAUAGCCAUCGCUGUGGUUUUCUACGUGUCUCUCUGGACAAACAUUUACUCCACGGUCCAGCUGUGCUCCUUCGGACGCUACUGGGAGGCCAGCGUGCUGGUGACCCUGGCUGCUGUAGUGGUCACUGUGGUUGUGAUACUGGUUAUCGAUCGUCGCCAGAGGAAGAUAAAUAUGAAUACAGAUGUGAGGCUGGCGGCCGUCAACGAAAUCUUUAUCAAACACAGUUUAAUACUGGGGAUUACAGAUGCCCUGGACGGGCCACACAACAUCCUACAACUGUGGUUUGUGCACUUCAGCCCCGAGCGCUGCCUCCAGUCCUUGUCAGCCCACAUCAUGGACCUGCAGAGGACACGAGAGUCGGGCUUGCGGCACAGCCUGGACCAGCUCUGUGUGGUCAUGGAGGCGGCGGUUCAGCCCGAUCCGGGGACAGAGGAGGAGGCUUCGUGUGAAGAGUCCCCUCUCUUAUCCAGUAGAGGGAACCUAAAUAAAGAGCGGGUGACGUGCAACGAGCUGCUCCGCCUCGUUCCCGAGGGCCCACCAGAGGUGAUGGCCCAGCAGCUCCUGGUGAUCUUCAGCGGAUGCUACGUCCGGCUCCUGGUCACCGGCCAGCUCCCCCGGGCCAUGGCAGGGGGACACCUGGAGCAGAGCAACGUGCCCUGUCUCUGCCAGUUCAUCGAGACCACCGCGCUCAACACACACCAGGGCUGGUUCAUGGGCAGGUGACCAGAGGGGGCUGGGGAAGGCUGAAAUAAAAGCUGUCCAUACACUGCAGCGUGAAGAAGCUGUGGGGCAGAGGAGAGGGCUGUGAUGGCUCAUCCUGGACUUACCCAGAUGAACGGGUGGAAGUGUGACUCUAAAUCAAACACCCAAGACACUCACCAGGAAGCUGCUCGCCUUUGGGACCUUCUGCUUGCCCACCAGCUUGGUGGGAAGAAGCUGUUCUGGGAGGUCAGAAACAAGCUGGGGACAGCCUGGAGAUCCCUUAGGAAUUUUCCUGCUGCUCUUCCCUGGGGAAUACCUGCAGGUGCCAGCCCCAUGCCUUCAAAAUAUGAAGUAUUUGAGGGGUUUUUUUGGUACAAGGAGGACAGGGAAAAUCUGUGCAGAGCAGUGUUGCAAAUGUGAUGUUUGCUCUGGGUUAUGUUUGUGUCACUUAUGGUGACAGUUGAGCUCUGUCCUGUGACAGACGUGGACAAUGGCUCAGCUUGUGACUUGGCAAACUUUCCAGUGAAGAACCAGCUUGGGAUGGUGCCCGGUACCUGGCACUUCUGCUGCCUCCCCUGGGAGGAGGGUGAUGGACACCUUGAUGAUCCAUGGGAUGAGGCCUUAAAGAAGGCACUGGGCACUGUGUAGAGCAUCCUGGAGCGUGACUAUUUUUAGACUUUCUUUUCAGUUCCGUUUUGUGACAGACUGAUUUCCUUUGGUUUUCCUUUCCUCAUCCCCUCCCAUUGCGUUUGCUGGUGGUGAGCAGGAGACCUCCACAUUUGCUGGGAGACCUUAAGGGAGUGAGAAAUGAAGAGCUUUAAGCCUGCAAGAGGUGAUGUGCUCAGGUAGUGCCCAUGAAUGGAGAACUGCUGUACGGUCCAGGAACUGCUGGUGGCCUCCUCUGUCCCCAGAGCCAGGCAUUUCCAUGAAUUUCAGGUGGCUGCGUGCACUGAUGUUUACCUGACCACCUAACCACAUGCUUUGGUGGUGAUAGCUGUCCUAGGAAGUGGAGAUGGUGAGAAUAAAGAAUCCUAAUGUCUGUGUUUUCCA